CUGAUCACCCGUCAUACCGGAGGCAGCGCUGCUCGGCACGCUCGUCUCCCUCAGACAGCGGACAGGUUCCUGGCGGAUGUACCGAUGGCUCCUCUCUCCGCUGACUUUCCCGUGAUGCUGGCGCGUGUUUCGGCUUGUUGUCGCCGUCCUGCCGGCGGUGUGUCCGCUCAGACCGACUGACGGUGGAUGUGUGACGGCGGCGAUGCGCUCCGGCUGGUUCGGCUUAUUGCUUCAGGCGUUGAAGGCGCUUUAAAAACACCUCCAUCAGUGACCGAGUGAGAGCCGACUGGAGCUGUCUGGUGGGCCCUACUGUGCUAUGAUUCUGAGAACCUGAGAUUUCUUCCCUGUUUGAGAGCUUUUACGUCCCGUCCUGAAUCCUGCUUGAUUCCUCGAUGGGUUCCCGCAGCCAGAGCUUUUUCCACCACCACCACCAUCGCACCUCCAUGGUGCCGGCCACAGUGCCGAGGCUGCUGCAGGAGAGCGGGAGUCUGCUGGGGGGCAUCGCUCAGAUCACCCCGAACCUCUUCCUCAGCAGAGGGAACGUGGCGUCCAACCGCAGCCUGCUGCUCUCCAAAGGCAUCACCUGCGUGGUCAACGCCACCAUCGAGCUGCCCAACUUCAACUGGCCCCACAUGGAGUACGUGAAGGUCCCCCUGGCGGACAUGCCCCACUCCCCCAUCUCCUUGUACUUCGACAGCGUGGCCGACAAGAUCCACAGCGUGGGGCGCAAACGAGGGGCGGUGCUGGUGCACUGCGCGGCCGGGGUGAGCCGCUCGGCCUCGCUGUGCCUGGCGUACCUCAUGAAGUACCACCGCGUGUCUUUGGCCGAAGCCCAUGCUUGGGUCAAGGCCCGCCGUCCCGUCAUCAGGCCCAACGGCGGCUUCUGGCGCCAGCUGAUCGAGUACGAGAGGAAGCUGUUCGGCAGGAACUCUGUUAAGAUGGUGCAGACGCCCUACGGGAUCAUACCUGAUGUUUACGAGAGGGACCGCAGGACCCUCGCUCCCUACUGGGGCCUGUGAGCAUCUGCGCUGACUGUCCUACGUCUACAGUGAGAGACCCCCCCCCUGGACUCCAAGUUCAGGCCUGUUCUUGUCAGGUUAAGUGAGAUGCGUGACUGUAGAUGUGUCUGAAGCGUAUUUACUGAAAAAAAAAAAUGAAACAGAGGAAAAUUUAACCAAACGCUGUUUGUUGAUGGUGCUGCUGUUUUAGUCUUUAAGUUGGAAGCAAAGCGACUUAAAGCCCAGAAUCUGUCAAACCAGAUGAUCUGAGGAUAACGUAGAUGUACUGAACUUAAAACCCAGCGCUCGGAAGAUGGUUCAGUGGUCUAUUUCCUGGUGUGUUUUCCCGCCUCCAGAGGAGACGAGCGAUCUGAGGGGGUGUUUAAUGUGCUUGAGCCUCUGCAGCGCUGACAGUGAUGUCCUUUUUCUGACGACGUGGUGUCAUGUGGUGAUAUUGUGUCAGUUUCCCAGUAAUAUUUAAUGUGAAGGGCAGCAGCAUGCUCUGAAUUUAUGGUAGCAUUAAAGAAAAGUCUGCAGAAAAACAACACAUAGACAAACUAUUUUAUUGCAAUGUACCGAUGGGGGCGGGCUUUAUGGUGCACUUUAUCAGAAUAUUCAAAGAUGUUAAAUCUAGCUUUUUUUUGAAGGAGAAAUUUCAAAACAUGUAAGCUAGACGUUAAGGUUUAGUGAAAGCUCCUGUGUAACACAGGGUUGACCUUUCCAUCGUGUGACCACACUAUGUUAUUGUAGUGCUACUUGAUGCUGUAAUAAAGAGAAUAUCUGCUGCUUUAA